AUGGUGGUGGAAAGCGUUCUUUGCAUGAAUCCAGGAGAUGGUGAAACCAGCUACGCCAAGAAUUCAUUCCUUCAAAAAACAGUGCUAUCAAAAGCUAGGCCUAUCCUAGAAGAUACCAUCAAGGACAUGUUCAGCACCGCCCUUCCCACUUGCUUCAAACUAGCAGACUUGGGCUGCUCUUCAGGACCCAAUACUCUCUUGUUCGUUUCUGAAAUCAUGGACGUCGUUUAUGAGCUUUGCCAACAACUGAACUGUAAACUGCCCGAAUUUCAGGUGUUUCUGAAUGACCUUCCAGGGAAUGAUUUCAAUGCUGUUUUCAAGUCGCUGCCAUUGUUCUACGACAAGUUUGGAAAAGAAAAGGGAGACUUGUAUGGACAGCACUGUUUCAUAACAGGAGUACCUGGUUCUUUCUAUGACAGGCUCUUCCCAAGCAAGAUAACUGGAAUGCCUAGUUAA